AUGGAUCCGAGACCGCCUCAGCACCCCUUCACGCGGAAUACCGCGUCGCCGUACGGCCGCACGCCCUUCCCCCCCUCCUGCAAACCAGGCGCCGUUCCCUCCUCCUCCUCCUCCUCCUCCUCCUCCCUCCGCGCAUCCACCUCCCGCGGCGCCUUCAGGAAUUACGGCCAGGAUGCGUCUCCGAUGGCAGGGCAGCCCCAGACACCGUCACAGGCACAGGCACAGGCACAUUCGCAGGCUCAAGGACAUCAGAGACACCAGAGUACUCCCUCUAUCGGCCAUGGGCCUCCCGUGAAUCGAAGUAAUAUGCCGCCGCCCUCGUCGCCCCAGCAGCAAGCUCCUCAGCCUCCUUCACACCACAGUUACGGGCCGCCGCGAGCAGCUGGGCCUCCUGCCCCCCCAGGGAUGGGCGGAGGAGGCCCGCCCCCUUCAGCAUACGGUACGCGCGAGCUUCCCUCGCUACCUCCGCUCAAUCCGAUAAACCGCCCGCCAAGCACCGGAGGCAGCAGCAGCAGUAUGUCGAUUAGGUCAAUGCUGGGGGGAUCUCAGCCUGCGCGAGAAGCACCUCCGUCUCAUUACACUUCGCCCGUUGCCACUGCUGCUGCUCCCACCAAGCCAGGAUUUCACGGCUUUACUUCGCCUCGAGUUAGCACAGCUGGGCCGGAUUAUGCUCCGUUCCGUAGACCCCAGACCCCUGAACAUCCGCGACUAUACGAGCCUCGGGAUCAUCGAGCAAACUCUGCGGGUUCGCCAACAAAUAUGAACCAUCAAUAUUCGACGCCCGACGGCAGGAAAUAUAGCACGCCGCACCAGGGAUAUGGUCCGAGGCUACCCGAGAGGGUGCCGCCGGUGGAGGAUAGGAGAGAGGUGGCCCGUGUGCCAAAUCCGAGUGUUCCCCCCCCACGACCAAGCAGCCAGCCAGCCGUAUACACCACCCAUGGGCCGCCACCGCGCGUGCCCGACAAUCCUCGACCGAUACAUACCGACGGACCGUUCGGGAGGAGAGUGGAGAGUGGGCCUCGGAUACCGGAGCCGCAUGGCAGAGAGCCUCCCUACGGUCGGCCCCCGUUCGAAGAGAGGCAUCCUGCGUAUGGCUAUGCGGAGAGGGAGAGACAGGACCGAGAGGCUGCGAUACAGCGAGAAAGGGAACGGGUCGAGAGGGAUCGAAUGGUGGAACGAGAACGGAUGGAGAGGGAGAGAGAAAGGGAGAGGGAGAGGGAUCGAGAACGCGACAUGGCGAUACAAAGAGAAAGGGAACAGCGCGACAGAGCCGAGCAUGAGAACAUGCAGAGAGAGUACGCCCAUCAAGUUGCGCAGCGGAGUGCGCAGCAAGCCGCAUACAGCCGUCCCUCCGAGUCGACGAGAGAGCAACAUGGCUGGAAUCGGCCAAAAUAUGAGCAACCACCAGCCAGGCAGGAGUACGAUCCUGCCGGACCCCCUGAAAGACCACGAUACGAGUACCCGGGGACUACGGCCCCCCAAUAUUCAGGACCUCCCGCAUACGCCCCAACGGAGCAGCGAUAUGGCCCGGCCCCACCGCCCAGUUCAUCAUUGCAACAGAAUCCCCCGCCGACCUCGCAGUACGAAGCUUCUCAGCAGCAGCAGCAGCAGCAGCAGCAGCAGCAACAACAACAACAACAAGCCCAGCAGCAGCAGCAGCAGCAGCAGCAGCAGCAGCACCUCCAACAAUAUGGGGGACCUCCACCGACUCCCCAAUACCAACCCCACGAGUCGCCCCAGCGAAGGCCAGCCGAAGACUCUCAGCAACUGCAACAACAGCGAAACUUCCUCAGCGUGCAAGAGCUGCAUCGGAGAGGUCGCGCGUCGCCACUCCCACAGGCCGUCCAGGGUGUCCAGGGCCAGCUCAAUGGUCCGGGCAGUGAGCCCAACAUCAAGAACGAAUUCGGGAAGAUGUUCUCAGGCAUUGGAAGCGGAGUGGGCGUCCCCAGCCCGGUCCCGGCAGGUCCCCAAGGCAUAAUGCCAUUCUCAAACCCUGGAGCGCAGCUUCGUCGGGAGGAGUUGGAGGCCCUGCAAGACUCUCCGGUUGACAAUAGUGGACCCAAGCUUGCGCGGUCCUCAUCUCGAGGUGGGCGCCGGCGCAAGCUGAACGAUAUCCUGAAGGAGCAAGACGGUAAGGGCGACGAUGAGAGUAGUACGGGGAGAGCCACCCCAAGUGGUAAUGGGCGAGGAAAACGAGCCAAGACUUCCCAUACCGGGCAUCACCAUCACCAUCACCACCACCACCAUCAUCAUCGCACAGACGCACUCGAGAGAGGGUCUCCGCCGUCACAGUCCAGUGUGACUCCUUUCAAGGUUGCCAGAGGUCAGGCAAUUCCUUCGCCACCUACGCUCGAUGCCAAAGCAACUACCACCCACCAUCACCACGUCCCAAGAUCAGGACAGCACCACCACCACCACCACGUCUCCGCCAAAUCACAAUCCAUCAUCCCCGUCCCGAAGACGACGAUUCGGAACCAGGCUGUUCUCGACUCGGUUGCGCACCUCCCGCGCAAAAACCUAGGUCACGGGUACUACGCGUCUACCCUGACGCCGGGAACUGGCCCCGGAAGACGGGAUCACUCUUCGACAAGAGGCUUCGCCAGCACCCCCCAAGCGAUUCCCAGGUUCGAACGCCAUCUAAACAGUAUAUACACCGUCAAAGUCCCGCGUAUUCAUCUCGACCACAUUAGCCGAGAAGAGAUUACACGGAGGAAAGCAGUCUGGGGCACGGAUAUCUAUACGGAUGAUUCUGAUAUUAUAGCAGCGUGUAUUCAUCAGGGCUGGUUCCGUGGUGCGUGGUCGGAGGAUGUAGAUACAAAGUAUCUUGGCUUGGAGAUUGAUGACCCCAAUCCGACAGGCGAGGUCCGAAAAAUAAUCGAUAUCGACAGGCCGCUCACUAAGCCGCCUGCGACGGGGCCGAUGGAGGUCCCCAAGAACCGCGAUUGUCACGUCACUAUUGUCAUCCUGCCGGCUCUCGAGAAUUACGGAAGCAUUACCCGGUUUGGCAUCAAGAGCCGUGAAUGGGGUUUUAUGCGAGAGGGACACAGAAGUGUUCACGAUGGAUUGAGCUAUAUGAUUCUCAGUAUGAAAUGGGUGAAGAGUACCGAUGGGCAAGGGGCAAAGAGAGGAUUUGGAAGGAACAAAAUAUUUGCGGAGCAACUCAAUGCUCAAGAACUCGAGGACGAAGAGGCAGAUGAUGUAUUCCUGCAGCGAGGCCUUGGGUCCACGAAGAGAAGUGGGGAUUUUGAAGAGAGUUAUUUGAGAGGUGGCGGCUUCAAAGGUAUCGGGACCAAGAGUUGGUGGAAGGGGCCUAUAGGGGAAGUGAAAGAGAAGUCUGUUGAGGCGGAUGCGUCGCUUCCGGCUGGAGUUUCUGAGCAGCCUACCGAGGUUCCGGCACGGUCUCGAGCCGGCACUCGUGUUGCAGACCAGCAGACGACAAUCGAGCGGAUCGCGGAGCGGAUGGUCAUCAACGCUAAUACGGCUAGCAGAGCUACCUCUGAAACCGCAGCCGAAUCUGACGCUGCCGCCGCCACCGCCGCCACCACCGCCGCAGCUCUCGAACCGAACAGCAAAAGCGAGAAGGAGAGUACGGCUGCGGCUAUACUGGCGUUUGGAUUGGAUGGCAAGGGAGGGAGUGGGAGAAGUAUACCCAUUUGA